AUGGUGAAAAAAGAUCAUUCAACGUGGAAAGCCAAAUAUACAAUGCGUUUAACCCAGUAUUUGGCUGAAUACCCAACAUUAUUUGUGGUCGGUGCUGAUAAUGUUGGUUCACGUCAAAUGCAAAAAAUUCGUGUAUCUCUUCGUGGUCAUGCUGUUAUUGUGAUGGGAAAAAAUACAAUGAUACGUAAAACAAUUCAUGGACAGGUGUCAAAAAAUGCUAAUUUAGAAAAAUUAUUACCACAUGUUUAUGAAAAUGUUGGUUUUGUUUUUACUAAAGAAGAUUUAAGUACAAUUAGUAAGAAGCUUUUGGAAAAUAAGGUUAGUGUCCCAGCUCGUGCUGGUGCUAUUGCCCCCGUUGAUGUCACUAUUCGGGCUCAAGUAACAAAUUUAGGACCAGAAAGAACAAGUUUUUGUCAAGCACUUCAAAUACCAACAAAAAUUACACGUGGUACAAUUGAAAUCAUUAAUGAUGUUCAUUUAAUUAAAGCUGGUGAUAAAGUUGGUGCUAGUGAAGCAGCGUUACUUAACAUGUUGAACAUUUUGCCUUUUAGUUAUGGUCUUAUUAUUCGUGUAAUUUAUUAUUCAGGCUCAAUUAUUAAACCGCCAAUACCUGAUUUAAGUGAGAAAAUUUCACAAGGUAUUCAACAUUUAGCAGCUUUUUCACUUGGUAUAAAUUAUCCAAAUCAAGUAUCAGCACCACAUCUUAUUCUUGGUGGAUUUAAACGUUUACUUGCAUUAGCUGUUGAUACUGAUGUUGAAUUUGAACAAGCUAAAACAUUAAAAGAAUUUUUAAAAGAUCCGUCACAAUUUGCCGCUGCAGCAUCAAAUGGUGGUAAAAUACUAGCUGAAGAAGAACCGAAAAAAGUCGCUGAACAAGAAUUUGAUGAUGAUGAUGAUAUGAGUGAACUAGAUAUAUUUGGUUAA